UCCUCCAUUUUAAAGCCGUGCAAGAAAAGGACUUCCUUUCGCAGUUAAAAUAUUGGUCUUGUCUUGACUUCCAGACGAUGCCAAUGAUAAAUGAGCUCUUCGCCAUUCCAAUCUCCAAAGCUUUCGAUCACCAGCGAUGCCGAUCUCCACAGUGCCCUCGAUCAGCUCCGACUCUCGAGCGACUGCUGCAACCUCUACGAGGGGAUCGUCAAGUACUGCGGCAAAAGCAAGAAUCUCUCGGCUGGAAGACGCGCGCACUCUCUUCUCCAACAAAGCUCGCUUCGAUCGGACAGAUACCUCGCUAAUCUCCUCGUGGAAAUGUAUGGGAAGUGUGGGAAGCUGGACGAGGCUCGGCGGGUUUUUGACACCAUCGCGGUGCCGAAUGUUUUCUCAUGGACUCUCCUGCUCGUUGUAUAUGCCCAUAACGGGCAUUUGCGUAAAUCUCGACAGAUUUUUGAAGCGAUGCCGGAAAAGGAUGUUGCUGCCUGGAACGCGAUGAUGAACCUCUAUGUUGAGAACCAGGACUUUGAUUCUGCUAAAGAAAUCUUUGAUCGAAUGAAAGCCAGAGAUGUGUUCUCGUGGACUGCAAUGAUCACUGCAUACUCGCACAGUGGGGAUUUGGAGAGCGCAAAAGCUUGUUUCGAUCGAAUGAAGCGUCGUAACUCCGUUACAUGGAAUGCUAUGUUAGCUGCGUACAUACGAAAUGGCCAUACGGUAGAAGCCGAGUCUUUCUUCCGAAAGAUUCCGCGUCCUGAUGCUGUUUCGUGGAACUCAAUCAUAUCCGCAGUUGCCAAAUGCGGGGAUUUGCGGCGAGCAAGACAACUUUUCGAUCAGUCACCGGAGAAAAACGUCGUAACUUACAACACUAUGAUCACCAGCUUUGUUCAGACCAAUCGUGUCGAUCUUGCAAAGAAUUUCUUCGAUCGGAUGGAAGAGAAAGACUCGGUUUCGUGGAACGCGAUGAUAACCGGGUAUGCCCAAAGCGGCCAUCUCGACAAAGCCCGAGAGAUGUUUGAUCGAAUGCCCGAUAGAGAUAGAGAUCCGGCGUCCUGGAACUCGAUGAUAAGCGGAUACGCUCUUGAAGGACGCCUCGAGGAUGCGAAGUUCCUGUUUGAUUCCAUGGACGGGAAGAGAAACUUGGUGUCCUGGAACGCUCUCAUCGCUGGCUACGGGCAGAAUGGCUAUGGAAAAGAAGCCAUCAAUCUCUUCAAGAAAAUGGUGGUGGAGUUUCGAUCGGAGCUUCCAAACAAGGUGACUUGCAUCAGUGUUUUGGAUGCCUGCGCGAGCAGCCUCUCGCUGAGCGAUGGCCGAGCUAUGCACGCCAGGAUCUUCCUUUACGGCGUCCAGUCCGAGACAGUGGUGGGAAACUCGCUCAUCAACAUGUAUGGGAAGUGUGGCUUGCUGGAUCAAGCCGCGAGAAUUCUCAUCACGAUGCCUCACGCCAAUUCAAUCUCCUGGAACACCUUGAUCGGAUCGUAUGCUCAGCUCGGCCGCGCGGCGAUCGCAAUCCAGCUCCUCCCGCUCAUGAUCUGCGAUGGAUUCCAGCCCUGCCAGGUGACUUUCUCGGGAGUUCUCUCGGCUUGCGGCCAUGGAGGGCUGUGGAGCAGAGCGCGCGAGUUCUUCGUGUCGAUGGUGGGCGAUUUUGGGGUAGAACCCAUCGCCGGGCACUACGCGUGUGUGAUCGAUCUUCUGGGCCGCUCCGGGCUGCUGAUCGAGGCUCAGGAUUUGCUCCAAUCCACGCCGCAGGACGAGAUCUCGUGCAUGUCGAUCGUGGGCGCGUCGAGGCUGCACGGCAAUUGCGGGAUUGGAUCGCAAGCGGCGCUGCGCGCGUCGCAAAUCGAUCCACAGAGUUCCGCGCCCUACGUGUUCUUAAGCUCUUUUUAAACUGGGUGGAAUAUGCUCCAUCAACGGUGGAUGUCGCGAGGGCGCCAUGUUAGGGCACGCCCGUUCGCGAGCAAGAACUCGAGCGAUCGGAGCUGCUGAUGGGCGAUCGCAAUUCUAGCUGGGAUUAGCUCGCCGUGACGAUCGAUCGGUAGAACACACUCAGAAAAUUGGAUUUGGCGCAAUGGGGCGCCGGAAAUCAAAUGUGAUCCUGCGAGCUCUGUCGUGCUUGAAGCACCAGGCUGGGAGCAGCGUUCGCUCGCUAUCCAAAUUGCUAGGAUGCCGGGCGCCGCGGGGCAGCAUCAAGAAGCUCGCCAGGAAGAAGAGGAUUUCUAGGGGCAAUUCGGUGGGAUUCAAGCUCGCAUCCAGAUCGAUAAGCAGUAGCAAGCACUUGGAAUCGAAGAGGAAGAAGAAGAAGAAGAAGAACGAUCACCACCGCAGAAGAAAGCGAUCGAGGAAGAGCGAGCAGCAUGAUCACAAGCUCAAGCGGCGAAGGAGGCGACGACGAAGAAGACGAAGAAAACAAAAGGGAAGAGGCUCGCGCGGGAAAUGGGGAUUGCUGUGACAUAGAUUUUCCCUUCUAUAAGUUCUCUCCUUUUGUCCCCUUUGGUGCCCAGCUAUGGCGGCCAUUUUGACCAAACAAUGGCGUUUAUUUA